AUGUCAAUCUCCACCGAAGUCAUGAUCGCUAUUGUUUUUGGUGUGCCAAGUCUUGUUGUUGCUAUCGCCUCAGCUGUGUUCGCCUACAUCUCUCAAUUUCUUAUUUCCCAGCAAUAUAUCCUGACGGCACCAAUCACUUCUUCCGCAACUUCCAUGAUACCCGAGCCGGCGGACCGUGGCCGCCCUCGCAUUUCAACGUUGCUGGGGGGUACCACUGGCCUGGACGGCCCCAGUGGUAGCUUCGUAUGCCCCGCCUACUGA